AUGUUUGAUACGAUAUUAAAAACUUUCUGGUUAACUCCGCGAAAACUACAUCCCGAUAUCGACAGCCAACCAGUGGUAAUCAAAGGAAGACGUAAGUCGAAACUGGAGGCGCCCAAAUCAAAAUCAGCGGCUGCGCUCGUCAAACGCAAAAACCGCAAUGCACGAAGGAAACAUAACGAUGGCGCCGAUGAUUUGGCCAAGGAGCCGCCAUGUCAGUUUGUUCCUGUGCGGCGCAAGCCGCUCGGUGAAUAUAUGAAUCUGGAGGGACCGCCGGUCGCAUCGCCCUCACCAUCAUUGCAGGGCAUGCGGAUGAGCUAUGCGGCCGCUGUCCAAACUGGUCUUGGUGUUAAAGUCAUGAUAUCGCCGCGUCUCAAAAAAUCGAAUAAGCCUGGCAAGGGCAAAGCCAUUAAGAUAACUGCUGAUACAAAGUUUCGGAUAUUUGAUGAACAACCCAAGCCGCAUAUUGUCCGUGUCGAUCCCAAAGUGUUUCGGGCUGACGUUGAGCAGAGAGCUAGAUUGAAGGGAUGCAAAUCAAAAAAGCCGAUCACCCAAAAGGCUAGCAAAUCGCUAAUUAAACUAAAUGCCAAAACUGAACCAGAUGACGCUGAUAUUAAAGCACUUGAAUUGAAAUUCAAAAGACUGGCAUGCAAUGCAGCAGGUACUGCUACAGUUGCGGCUGUGCAAACGGCUAGAAAUUUGAAUUCAAUUCAGGGCAAUUCUUUAACGGCGUCGAAUGGUCAAGUGAAGCACAACAAAUUGAAAUCGCCGCCGGCAUUUGUGGAUUCUGUUAGCUAUAUAAGUUUUCAUCAUGAGCGAUUGCAUCGGUUAAUCAAAAAUCAAAGCUUUUGCGUUAUAUGCUUACAAUCGCCAGAGCCAAUGAAGGUACCACAGUUUGAGGACAAGCAUUUUAAAUAUCUCGAGGAAGCUGCACUUUUGGCACAAAAUCGCACCAUGCUACGCCUAUGGCUGAACUCUGAUCAACUGAUAUGCUAGUAAACAUUUUUCAGACAGAUAAAUUUUAAAAGUUAUAUUAGUUAUAUUGUGUGUUCUAAGUUAUGCCUGUUGACAAAACCAAAUUUAAAUGAAACGGCCAUAAUAAACUUGGCCUGCCAACGCAACGGCCGAUAAAAUAGUA